CGCUCAGAACCGCUGGGUGCAGCCAGCCGCUGCCCGCCGCCUUCCUGGGCUGCACCCCUGGCGCCCCGCCACCUGGUCUCCGAUCGCCGCCGCCCCUGCUCUGCGCGGGCAGCGUCCGGGUGACGCCGCCCUGAGCCGCCGCCGGUCCCCGCGGACGGACGCGACGGCCCCGUUGAUUUCCCUGGGUUUUGGAUUCUGACUGUAUUACAAUGAGUGACACUUGGAUGUCAGAUGUCAUUGGCCGAAGAGUUGAAGUUGGUGGAGAACAUGCCACUGUGCGUUUUUCUGGCAUCGUCCCCCCUGUGGCAGGAGUCUGGCUGGGAGUUGAGUGGGACAACCCGGAGCGAGGCAAGCACGACGGGAGCCACGAAGGGACUGUGUACUUUCGGUGCAGACACCCCACAGGAGGGUCCUUUGUUCGCCCGCACAAGGUCAAUUUUGGAGUGGACUUUCUCACUGCGGUAAAGAACCGCUACGUGCUAGAGGAUGAACCAGAGGAUGAUGGAAAUAAGCAGGUCGUGACAAUUGGGAACAAACCCGUGGAAACUGUUGGUUUUGACUCUGUCAUAAGAUGUCAGAGUCAGCUGAGCAAGCUCCGAGAGAUUUCCCUGAGGAACUGCGCGGUGUGCUGUGCUGGGCACCCAGGAGGGAUCGCCAGCGCCUGCCCUAAUAUUAGAGAGGUAAAUCUGUCCAAAAACCUGUUGCCAUCAUGGGAUGAAGUCACACGUAUUGCUGAUGAGCUCAAACACCUGGAAACCCUCAAUCUCAGUGAAAACAAGUUGAACUUUCCUUCUGCUUCACCACCUCUGACUGGAACGUUUUCUACACUGAAGGUUUUAGUCCUUAACCGAACAGAAGUAACAUGGGCUGAGGUGCUGCGCUGCGCCGUGGGGUGGCCCGUGCUUGAGGAGCUCUACCUUGCGGCUAACAGUAUUUGCAUCUCAGAAAGGCCGACCGAUGUUCUACAGACACUCAAGUUAUUAGACCUUUCUGCUAAUCAGUUUAUAGAUGAAAACCAACUGUUUCUAAUAGCCUACCUACCCAGACUAGAACAGCUGAUCCUUUCCGACACUGGACUUUCUUCUAUCCAUUUUCCGGAUGCUGGAAUCGGGUGCAAAACAUCCAUGUUUCCCUCUUUGCAGUACCUGGUAGUAAAUGACAAUCAGAUAUCACAGUGGUCAUUUAUCAAUGAACUGGAUAAGUUGCAGCGUCUUCACACCUUGUCCUGCAUGAGAAACCCCCUGACAGAAGGGAGCACGGCAGAGCAGACCACACGCCAGCUCAUUAUUGCCAGAGUUGGCCAACUGAAGACACUGAACAAGUGUGAGAUUCUGCCAGAGGAAAGGCGUGGAGCUGAGCUUGAUUACCGAAAAUUGUUUGGAAAUGAAUGGAAAAAGGCUGGUGGGCACCAGAAUCCAAAUGAAAACAGACCAAACAAAGAAUUUCUCGCAGCGCACCCUAGAUACCAGCUGCUCUGUCUCAAGUAUGGCGCACCUGAAGAUGGAGAGCUCAGACCACAGCAGCCGUUGCUGCUCAGAAACCAGCUGCUAACACUGAACAUAAAGUACCCUAAUCGACUUGAUCAAAAAAUCACAGAGAAGAAACUGCCAGAUACAUGACAUCAACUUUGGAGUGUUUACCUCUAGGGAGUAUUUGCUCAUUAAACCUCUAAGCUUCCAUCCCGCGGUUUCCACUGGAAGGGACUGUGGCUGGGGCGCGCGCGGUCUUAGCUGAUGGUGUGGGCUUGGUCCGCAUUCUGAGACAUACCCAUCGAACACCUGCUCACACUGAUUUUCAUUAAUCUUCAGGUGAAACAAACAGAUUGGAAUCCAUAGAAAACAUAGGUAACAAUUAUUGCUUUGAACUAUUUAGCUUCUCUAAACUUGCAAUAAAUAGACUAUUCCACACCACAGGCUGUAAGUAUUUAGCUAGUAACAAAAAGUCCUUUAAAAAGAUGCUGUUCUGGCCCUCCCUGGUGGCGCAGCGGGUUAAAGCACAGCACUG